AUGUCCCAGCGCGACGUCGAGUACAGUUGUGGAUCUUGUGGAUACCCUCUAAACCUUUCAUCUUCUAACCGAAGCACAUCUGAAGUAGGAUCCUCAUAUAAGAAGUCUCUGAAGAAAGGACUGAUUUCAUUCAUUUCUGUUGAUCUCAGCCGAUUUACUCAGGUGGACGAGGUAUCUUGCUUUCCCCUCGCCUGGCGUAGUUACAGGCCAAAAACUAAGCUUCUCUGCCGAAAAUGUGGAGCAUCUAUUGGCUACGGAUACGACAAGGAGCAUGCCAAGUGCAUCCCCAAGAUAUUGGCUCACUCACCUUGUCUUAACCGGAUAUCCCUUGCUGGACUCACAGAGCUACCUGAGUCAGCUUUGAGCACACUGAGAAUGUCUGGAUCAUCUCUAAAAUCCCUUUCAUUCUACUGCUGUUCUGGUAUAACAGAUGAUGGUCUAGCACAGGUGGCAAUUGGGUGCCCUAAUUUGGUGGUUGUUGAACUUCAAAGCUGCUUUAAUAUUACAGAUGUUGGUUUGGGAAGUCUUUCAAAAGGCUGCCACGCUUUGAAGAGUGUAAAUAUUGGUUCUUGCAUGGGCAUUUCAGACCAAGGGGUUUCUGCAAUCCUUAGCAAUUGUUCAAACAUUUGCACACUAAUCAUUACAGGUUGCAGGCGUCUGUCUGGUGUUGGAUUCAGAGGUUGUUCAAGUUCAUUUUGUUACCUUGAAGCUGAGUCUUGCAUGUUUUCUCCAGAUGGUUUGUUGGACGUAGUUAGUGGCAGUGGGCUCAAGUACCUGAACUUGCACAAGUUAGGAAGCUCAACUGGUCUGGAUGGCCUGGGUAACCUUGCUUUUGCUAAAAGCCUCUGCAUCCUGAAUCUCAGGAUGUGUCGCUACCUCACAGAUGAUUCCGUGACAGCAAUAGCCAGUGGGUGCCCAUUGCUUGAGGAGUGGAACCUUGCUGUCUGCCACGGGGUCCAUUUACCUGGCUGGUCUGCAAUCGGGCUGUACUGCAAUAAGCUAAGAGUGCUGCAUGUGAACCGCUGCCGACACAUAUGUGACCAGAGUUUGCUGGCCCUCGGCAAUGGCUGUCCGCGCCUCGAAGUUCUGCAUAUAAAUGGCUGUGCCAAGAUCACCAAUAAUGGCCUGGCUUUAUUUACCAUUUCCAGGCCCCAUGUGAACCUAAGGGUGGACGAAGUUUUGUCCAUUGGCCCUUCCAUUGAGAAUUUGUUCCGGCUGCAUUGA